AUGGCAGUCGGCAGUCUCAAAAAGGUUGGGCAACACUGGUAUAGAGAGUUCACGUGUAGUAAUGAAAAUGUCGUCCCUCCCCUCGUCUUAUUCUCCAGUUUCCGGAUGUUCGCUGCCGGGGUCGGCUACGCACUGCCAUUCUCCACGAUGCUCGCUCGCCAAGCAAUGCUCGCCACGGCCUCGGCACAUCACAUCAGCGGCGUGGUGCAGCUCAUGCUCUGCGGGUUCGCUUUCGGGAUCCAGUGCUGCGUGGCAGUAGAAACGUGGGUUCUCAAGCCCAGUGGGCUCGUGGUCGCCUGGGACCCGUCUCGCGGGCGUGUGGCCGAGUGCGGCCAUUCCGCCAGCGAGAUCCUCGUGGCAUCCACGUACGUCGCCUUUCUUCUCGGGUGUCUCUUGGUCGUGGGACCAGCGGCUGCCACCAAGAAGCGGAACUUCCGAGAGGGGCUCUAUUUGUGCGUCGCGUCCUGGGCCGUGGCUGCAGUGUGGAUCACGUGGUGUGCGUUGCUGGCACUUUAUCCGAAUUGGACCCGGCUGAUAGUCAGUGCCGGGAUGACUUCGUCAGCCACGAUCAUACUAGUCGUUGUCUACGCGCCAAAGCUGUGUUUCAUCAUGACGCACUCGCUGACGUUCAGCGAGGAGCCAGCAGACGGGAAACGAAUAGUAGGGAUUCCAAGAAUAGGGAAUGCGAAUAUAAAAGGGCAAAAGAGGCACCACAGCAACUCUCCGUCGUCCCUUGGGAAGUACUGCCCGGAUAAUGAGAUGACCAUGACAAGAAGCAUCGGCGACGACGACACGGCCACGGAGAUUGUUCAUGCCACGAACUUGGCUGUUCUCAACCGUGCUUUCGCAUCCGAC